AUGAGGUUCAUCUUAGCUGUACUUACACUUAAUAUUGGAUGCUUAUAUCUUUGCAUUCCUCUGGUUUCUGGGGAUGUUGGAACAGCUGCAACAUAUAAUCCUCCAUAUCUGCCAACAAGAUGUAAUGGGUACGACCAAGAGCAAUUUCCUGAAGGCGGUCUGUUUGCUGGUGCAAGCGAUGGGGUGUGGGACAACGGAGCUGCGUGUGGCCGGAGAUAUCGCAUUAGGUGCAUCAGUGGCCUAAAGAGGCCAUGCAAAGAAGGAACCAUUGUUGUGCAGGUUGUUGAUGCUUGUCGAACCAAUCCCUGCCCAGCAACCCUAGUCCUGUCAAACAAAGCUUUUGAUGCUAUCUCCAAAAUCUCCAAUUCUAAGAUUAAUGUUGAAUAUGUUCAGAUCUGA